AUUGUAAGUAAUCAUGGCUACCUCCUGUGCUAUUGACCUGUCCGGAUCAUCAUUUUGUGUCGUCAGUGGUGCAUCACAAGGAAUCGGUAGAGCUAUCGCUGUUGAAGUUGCAAAAUUAUUAGGUCCCAAAUCAGUCAUGCUACUGCUAGCUCGUAACAAGCAGGAACUAGCCAUCACCGCUAGUCUGUGUGAGUCACCCAAUGUAAAAGUCAUACCCACAUCCAUCGACCUUGGAGUAGCCACAGAAGCUGAAAUGAGUGUUGUUCUCAAACAGGCACUAAAAGGCUACAGUCCCGAGGACUUCGCCAACAGCCUGAUCUUCCACAACGUGGGGUCUCUCGGCAACUUAGCGGUGGAGACGUUCCGCAUGGAAAAUGUCGAGGAACUACGACAAUAUUACGACUUGAAUGUUUUCAAGGUUAUAUCUCUAAACACUCAGUUCCUCAAAAUAUUCGAGGAUGUGGAAGACAGAGUGAUAAUUGUGAAUAUCACUUCUCUCUGUGCGAUAAAACCUAUGGGUGGGAUGGCCUACUACUGCAGCGGGAAAGCCGCUCGCGAAAUGUACUUUAAGGUAUUGGCAGAGGAAAAGAAAAACAUCAGAGUACUUAAUUAUGCUCCUGGGCCAGUCGAGACGGCAAUGAUUGAUUACAUUGUCUCCGAGGCUGUUAAUGAGAAUCUCAAAGACGUGUUUAACUCAUUUAAAAAUCAAGGCUCCCUGCUGAAGCCAGAAAUUACAGCUAAAAAGUGUGUUAAAGUGUUGCUCGCUGGUAAAUUUGGCCCCGGAGAGCAUGUAGAUUUCUUUGAUGAUGAGUAAUCUUUGUUGAUUAGAUAUUCAUUCUCUAUGUAGUUCGCUCAACGCUUAGUUUUUCUACUCUUUGAAUAUUAGAAGAAAAUGUAUCUUGUAAUAGUAUUUAUGUAACUUCACUAACAUUCCAUGUUCACUUAGAAGCAGAUUUAUAUUUAUCAAGAUUUACUUC